AUGCAACUCCAACUUUCAUUUGCCACGCUUCUGGCAGGCGUACUGUUUGCACUCAGUACUGUACAGGAUGCGGUUGCUCGUCCUACAAGGAGGAAUUCCGGGCUGGUUACUCUUCCUUUGAAGAGAGUUCCCCGAGCCGAGGGAGUUCCCCCUACCGUCUAUCUUCAGCAACACAUCAACCGAGCCCAUAAGCGUCUUGCACGCAUGAAGGGACGCGAAGUGCCCUCUGAUCACCAGCUCAGGCAGAACAUUGAGCGUCGUAUGCUAGCCCUUGAAGAGGAUCCUCUGAGCAAACGUUUUAACCGACAAGGGGUCAAAAAGAACGCUAGAUCUACCAACCGUAUUGGUCUUGCCGGUGCGGCUCAUACCUCUCGUUCGCUUCAGCUCAAGAAGAAGAAGGGUGGCAAUGCGGGAGGCCAAACUGCGUCUGCAGCUACCGCCACUGGUGACAACGGCACUGCUGGUACUGGCUCUGAAAUUGAAGCUAAUGGGGUUCCCAGCGGUGUCGAGGCUGCUAAUGCACCUACUGCUAGCAACUCCCUUGGUCUCAAUAUUGAGGGUCAGGAUGUUGGAUACCUUGCUACCAUUCAAAUGGGUACUCCUCCCCAGGACUUUUUGAUCCUCAUGGAUUCUGGUUCUGCUGAUUUAUGGGUCGGAUCGGAAAGCUGCACGUCUACAGCGGGAGGAGGAUGUGGAUCUCAUACUUUCCUCGGUACCGCGUCUUCAAGCACAUUCCAGGACUCUGGAAAACAGUUCGCCGUUACGUACGGUACUGGUAAUGUUGCUGGAACAAUCAUCACAGACAAUAUUGCCGUUGCUGGGCUGAACUUGACCGGUCACCAGUUCGGUGUUGCUGAUUCAGAGUCAGACGACUUUGCCGAUAACUCAGUUCCAUUCGAUGGCUUGAUGGGGCUUGCGCAGUCGUCCCUUUCAGAGCAGGGAGUUCCUACUCCUCCCGAAAGUCUUGCUUCUGCUGGCUUGAUAUCCGAUGCAAUCACUUCCUUCAAGAUUUCUCGAGAGGCAGACGAUUUAAAUGACGGAGAAAUAACUUUCGGCGGUCUGGAUGCCACGAAGUUUGAUUCUAGCACAUUGACUACGUUCGACAAUGUCAACGCAGAUGGUUUCUGGGAAGGAGCUAUGGAUAGUGUCACUGUUGAUGGAACUGACACCCAACUCACUGGUCGUACUGCUAUUCUUGAUACCGGAACCACUCUCAUCGUUGCACCUCCUGCGGAUGCUACUGCUGUUCACCAACUCAUCCAGGGUUCCGCCAGCGAUGGACAAGGUGGGUUCACGGUGCCUUGCACAACCAACGCCAGUGUUGCCCUCUCAUUCGGUAAUACUGCAUUUGCCAUCGAUCCCCGUGACAUUGCCUUCCAACCUGUCGACGCUAACGAUCCCACCGGUGACUGUAUAUCUGGUAUCAGUUCUGGUGAAAUUGGCGCUGCCACUGAGUGGCUUGUCGGCGACGUGUUUUUGAAAAACGCCUAUUUCAGUGUUGAUGUCGGAAAGAACGCAAUCUCACUUGCGAAGCUUGUGUAG